AUGCGUUUCACCACUGCCACCGUUUUGUCCACUCUCGCGGCCUUCGCUGCUGCUUACACCCAGCCCGACUACUCCAAGGAUCCCUCGGGUAACCCCAUCGCCUACCCUUCUCUGAAUGAGCAGGUUCCUGAGGGCGCUCCCUUCAAGAUCCAGUGGGACCCCACUCUUGGUGACAAGGUCUCCCUCGUCCUCCUCCGUGGUCCCAGCUCCAAUGUUGUCCCUCUCGAGACCAUUGUUGAGAACAUCGACAACACCGGUUCCUACGAGUGGACCCCCAGCACCAGCCUGACCGUCGACACCACCCACUACGGUAUCCUCCUGGUUGUUGAGGGCACCGGCGCCUACCAGUGGUCUACCCAGUUCGGUAUCUCCGCCGCCGCUGGCUCCAGCUCUGUCGCCGCCUCUACCACCGCUGCCGCUGCUACCAGCACCCCCGAGACUGUCGUCACCGUCAUCGACAACGAGACCACCACCAUCUGCCCCGAGACUGAGACCCAGGCUACCGCCACUGCCUCCGUCACCGAGACCCCCGCUGUCUCCGCUGUGCCUACUUCCUGGUCCACCAUGAUCGAGUCCACUGAGGUCACCACCACUAUCUGCCCCGAGACUGAGACCGGUGCUGCCACUACCAUCCCCAUGCCCACCGGUUCUUUGACCCGCCGCCCCAUGAAGCCCUCCACCUCCCCCGCCAUGUCCGUUGGUGCUUCUGCCACCACCUCCGCUACCCCCUCGGCCACCCCCGCCUAUAACGGCGCUGGCCAGAAGACCAUCAGCUUCGGCGCUGUCGUUGCUGCCAUGUUCGCCGUCAUGGCCUUCUAA